CUGCUAGUCCUAGCUACGGCCUACGGGAACUCGUGACACUCGCGUUCCAGUUCCACUCCAUAGUUAUCCAACACAAGCGGGUCGAUUAGCUGGCUGGCUAGCAUGGAUAGGAAGGUGUGCAUCUCUGUCGUAAUCCUCGCGCUAGCUGUGCUCGCUGGCCCGGGCGCGAAGGCGGCCGCGCUCGCCGGUGGCGCUGCCAGCAUCGACGCGGGGGCGGCGGUGCGACAGCUGAUGUCAGUGUCGCUGCCGUCGUCCAUGAAGCUGCAAGACGGCGUGGCGUCGGAGCUCGCGGUGGCAUCGGUGGUGAACCUGGCGAGGCACCGCCGCCUCCUCUCAUUAGGCUUCCCCCCGGCCGUCCUGGACAACAGGGCAGCUUGCAACCCAACUUGUCCGGGGCAAGGACAGCCGUACACCGACCAUGGAUGCAAUAGCAGGUACCUCUGCCGGCACUGAAUGGACCAGCGCCACUACGUUUGGGCGUCGACGCAACCUCCAUUCCUGCCUGGCCGGCGUCCGCGUCCAUGAGUGCACUCGCGCGUUCCGUCCAUCCAUGUCCUAUUUCAUUUCCAUUCUGCAUUUCGUACUGUUGUUGCUAUUGCUAUAUAUCUUGGAAUAACUAUUAACUUUUGUUAUCAUCUCCCUCCCGGCCGGCCUCUGCAUCUAGAGUAUAUGGGAAUAUCAUUAGUGAGAUUAAUAGGAGGUCUCAAA